UUGCGCGUUCUGAUGAAAUUGGCUACGCUGAGCCCUCCAUAGCAUGGACCGAUUCAGGGCGCGUCCCCUCCAAACGCUCUCUCUCACUUCCCGCCCGCCGUCACCACACGCCAUUGCCUGGUCAUGCGACGCCGAAUUAGCCGUCGUCACGCAGGAAUGCAUCUACAUCUUCCUGCCCGACUUCCACGGCCCCGAUGCCGACGCAGAUGAACGGGAUGCCUCACAGUAUCAGUUCGCCCUCUCUCUCCAGCCAUCCGCGGUGAUCAACCCGAGUCCCAAGAUCAACGGCCAGCUGUGUGCCCAAGCGGGCGUCAAGCUGCCAGGGCUUCGAGCCGGCGACGAGGGCAGCUUCAAAGGCGUAGGCAAUGGCACGGUCACAGGGGCCGGCGCGGCGUUGGGGCAGGUCAUCAGAGUGGAAUGGUCACCAAGCGGACUGGGCUGCAACUCGCGGCCGGUGCUGAUGGCCCUGACAACUGCCGGCAGCCUCGUCACGUUCGGAGAGCAGGCCGAUAGCCAGUCAGCCGCCACGUCGAGCAUGAGGACGCGGACGUUCAAGAACUGGAGGGUGCUCUGGGGGCUGGGGGCCAAGCUGCCGAUCCCCGAUGCCACGUCCAGGGACGGUUUUCGAACGAUGGAUGAGCGCAUCGUGUCGUUCUCAUGGGCCAAGGAGAUUGAGCCUGGAAGAGCCUUGCUGGCGUACCUGAACGAUGCCGGACAGAUUGUCGUCAUGAGCAUCCAGUAUCAUCGGCGCGCAGAUGCUUCCAUGCGCGACUCUGAGCGAGGAUGGAUUUGGACCUUGACGGAGCAUGUCCGAGUCAACGGAAGAGGCCCCCACGAGGAAGCUACCGAUCCGCAAGAUCCAGACUUUUGCCCUCAAGGCAGCAUCUUUUCACUAAAAUGGAGCCCGUGGCUCGUUGAGGAUGGAUAUAGAACUGCAACGCUUGCCUAUCUUGCCAAGAACCAUGUCGGUUUCCGGCGGAUCAUACUGUACGGCGAGUGGGAAAGGGGCGAGUUGCCGGAUGUGGUGUCCGAGCGAAGCGACACCACUGCGAUAUGUCUGCCUCUCUCCAGUGACGCGCUGCUUGAGUGGGAGGAUGCGGUUUGGACUGAAGGAGAAGCUCAUACUGCCCGUGGGAUCGUGACAACUCCCCUGUCCGUCAAGUCUUUCCAAGUUGUGCUCAAUGGCGUCUUGGGCGAGCCGUCACAUCCGCACUCUAUCUGGGAAUGCGCUUCAGCUUACGCAAACCCGGAUGAAAUGUCCACUAACCCGAUCACAGGGCUCAUUGUCCACGACCCCGAUCCUCGCAACAAGCCUCCAGUUCCCUACUAUUCGCUGGUGAGGCUAUCCGCCACUCCUACGAACCGCGACUGGUAUCAGACAAACCUGCCCGGGGAUGCUGCUCUCCCCCAGUGGGUGGAGGAUAUAGGGGGCCAGAAUGCGCGCCUCGUCGCCCGUGCGGCCGCCCUGUACGGUGUAGACUCCGAUUUCGAGUCCGACGAUGAAGAGGGCGCAGAGAGAGUGAUGCGAGAGGCGCCGCCAGCGCCAUCGGAAUCCGUCUUACAGGUCCACCCCCAUCGAUUCCGGCUCUGGGGUCUAGCCAAAUCUCCCGGCGAUGGGUGCACGGCCGUGCUCGCCACAAAGCACGACACGCAGCACCCGGAUCGCCGUGGCGUCGUCAACGUCCACUUUGACUGGCAAGUCUCGGCAUCAGCCGACGACAGACCACACCGUGUGAGGCCCAUCUUCAAGCCUCUGACCACCGAAGGCCGGGUAUGGGAGUGGAUGUAUGGUUUGGGGGGCGACGUCCCCGGCGUGUCCCCGGGGCAGAAGAAGUCGUCGUCGUCUCGCGGACAGCAGCAGGCUACCAGCCCGUUGAGGGAACUGUUCAAUGACGUUGCCAAGAAGCUGCUGUGCGUGUUUUGUGACGCCCAGCUGUCGAUCAAGGACGAUGUAGCUACUUGCAAGAACCGCCACGCAUUUGCUGUAUGUGCCACGACUGGCAUUCCCAUCUUGGCACCGGGGAUCUCACGCGUGUGUGGUGUCUGCAAGAUGCGCUGUCUCACCGUCUCUGAGCUGGAGAGGCUGGCGGAGGAGCACCUCGGAAGCGUGGAGGCGGUGGGGGAUGCGCAGGGGGAGGUGUGUGGUGGGUGUGGCGGCAAGUUUGUCGUUUGA